AUGAGAAAGAAUGGAGUAAUACAAAGUGGAGAAAGUGAGAAAAGGGGGGGGGUGAGGGUAUUAUUCUGGAAUGUGGCGGGACUGAGAAGUAAAGACAAAGAAUUCUGGGACUAUGUAUGCAAAUUUGAUGUGAUAGGGAUGACAGAAACGUGGGUGGAAGAAAAAGGUUGGGAGAUGACCCGGAAGAAGUUACCUACAGGGGGAGCUAGUGGUGGAAUUAUUUCAGGUGUGAGAAAAGAAUUGAUAAGAAAUGGGGAGUCCAAAAAGAUGGAGGGAGCUCUGUGUAGAAAAAUCCGUGUGAGAAAUAAAGAGUGGGAUAUAAUUACUAUUUACAAUAAAGGAGGAAAGAGAGACUGGCUGGAGAAGUUAGAUAAUUGGAUUGAAGAAGAAAAAGAGAAGGAGAUGCUAAUUGGACGGGAUUGGAAUACGAGGAUAGGAAGGGAAGGGAGUGUGAGAGAGUUAAAUAAAGGAGAAGGGAGGUGGUCGGAAGAUCUUGUAGUGAAUGGUGAAGGAAAAGCAAUGUUGAGUUUAGUCGAAAAGAGAGGCUGGAUGGUGUUAAACGGAAAUAAAGGAGGUGAUAAGAGUGGAUGCUGGACAUUUUUUAGAGGGGAUAGUAAAUCAGUGGUAGACUACGGGGUGACCAAUGCAAGGUCAUGGGAUGAAAUAAAGGACAUUGGGAUUGGGUAUAGGCUUGAUUCGGACCACCAGCCAGUGAUUGUGGAAAUGGAAGGAGAGAAAAGCUUCAAAAAUGAGAGGAUGAAAGAGAAGAAGAAAGACAGAUGGGUCCAAUGCUGGAAAGAAGAUAAGGUUGAGCUAUUCAGAAAGAAAGAAGAAGAACUGGAAUGGAAAGUGGAAAUAGGAGAAAAGAAGUGGGACGAAUUAAAAAAAGGGAUAGAAAGCUGCUGCAGUAAGAAGAAGAUAGUAUACAAAGAAUGGGGAAGCUGGUUUGAUGAACAGUGCAGAAGACUGAAGAAAAAACUGAAGAAGACAAGCAGAAAGGAGAAAGAUGGCAAGGUGUUAAGUAGAUUGAGAAAGAAAUACAGAGAACUGAAGAAAAAAAAGAAGGAAAAGUGGGAAGAGAAAAUGGAGAAGGAAUUGAAAGAAAUCAAGAAUGAGGGUGAAGCCUGGAAAUUCAUUAAGAAAGACUGGAAGAAAAAGUCAGACAUCAACGAGGAUUUCAAUCUAGAACAAUGGAGAACACACUUUAUGAAGUCUUUAGAUGGAGCUGAGAGGAAACCGAGAGGACUAGAAAAGGGAGAGCAUAACAGAAGUCUUGGCACCUAUCAGGCGAAAAGAAAGAAGGUGAAGUGA